GAAAGGGUAAUUCCGGGAAGUCCAACGCUUUUCCUAACAGCUGGCUUUUUUGUCUGAUUCUUGGCAUUUUGUUGUUUUUAAACCAGCCAAACAAGUUUUCUAAAGAUAUCGUUGUCUUUUUUAUCAAAGUUUGAGCUUGCAGGUAAACAAUAAUAAAAACAAGCUUUUUUAGCAGAGUUUUAAUAAAAUUGUAAUUUUUUUGCUUAAAAAAAAAAAGAAGAUGGGUAUUUGGAAUGAUCUACGAUCCCUUGGUGAAGAUUAUUUGUCCAAACUGCAGGACUUGUAUACAAGUAAAAACUUUCCCUGGGAAGUAAGGGGACAUUUUGCAGACUGGUUUGAAGAACAGAAUUGGAAUUUUGAUGAAACAAUUCCUAACAAUAAAGUACAUGCCAGCAAGUUGUUACAGGAACUUCUAAAAAAGUUGGAUGAUUUGUGCUCAGAGUCUCAUGAGGAUCUUAUGAGUCAAAUGAGGCUAUACAAUUUGAAGAAGCAAUUCAUGACCGUUUUUGGUGGUGAGCCAUGUAAAUUUGUUGCAACCGUACGUGACAUUCUAAUAGAAGAACAGCAAUUAUUAGCAAUGAAGUCAAUGAACUCCGUAACACUAAGUCCUGCGAAUCCCGUUAUGAUGGAUAAUGUAGGAAUGCAACCAAUUACCGUUCUUCCAGACAUCAACCAGUCAUUGAACGAGUUAAAGGGUAAAGUAAUGGAAGUGGAUGUAUUUAUAAAAGAAUACCGAAACCGUCAGGAAGAUUUUAUACUUCAAUAUCAAGAUGUCUGUAAGGUGGAAGGAAACAUCCAGCAGGCCAAAAGUAUAGCAAAUCCUUCCCAAAGGGAGCAACAGUUAAAGUUGAUGGAAGAGAGAAAGAAUGCUCUGGAAACUAACUUACGUGGUCAAGCUGAACAACUAAUCAAAGAUAGAGGGAACAUCAUGUCAAAUUUGGUAAAUAUACAACAAUCUAUACACAUGGUUGGUUCUCGUAUUGUUGAUGAAUUGCUAUGCUGGAGAAUGAUGCAACAGAAGGCACUAAGUGGUGCCAAAAAUUUGGGUUCUUUGGAUGAAAUUCAAGAAUGGUUUGAGAAUUUAAUUGAGAUUAUUUGGCGCUUCUAUUCAAUUACAUCGCAGUACAAACAUCUCUAUGAGUCCCUGCCAAUUAGCAAAAAUGGAAUGGAGAAGGACCAAAUUGAGAAGUUGUUGAAAGAUAUUGUUAGUAAAUUAACAACAUUAAUUUUGAGAUCCUUUAUAGUAGAAAAGCAGCCACCACAAGUUUUAAAAACGCAAACAAAAUUCCAAGCCUCAGUUAGACUCUUAGUUGGCUCAAAACUAAAUCUGCAAAUGAACUGUCCAGAAGUUACCGUAUCCAUUUUAAGUGAGAAACAGUGCAAGGAACUGGUAUCAGGAAAGAAAUUAGAAGAAAUUGGUACUUGUGGAGACAUUUUAAAUCAAAAAUGUGUUAUGGAGCAUAGCAAAGACAACACUACAUUACAUGCUGAGUUUAAAAAUCUACAACUAAAAAAGAUUAAAAGAGAAGAUAGACGAGGACAAGAGUCAGUUUUAGAAGCCAAAAGCGCUUUGGUGUUUUCUGCUAAGCUUAACAUCAGUGGGGAUGAAUUACCUGUAAUGUGCAUGUCCGUUCCUGUUGUUGUUGUUGUUCAUGGCAAUCAAGCUCCUAACUCCGAAGCGACAAUUAUUUGGGAUAACAUGUUUUCAAGUCCUGAUCGAGAACCAUUUGAUGUGCCAGACGAAGUUACUUGGCAGGAGAUGUCAGAAGCACUGAAUGCUCGUUGGAGAUUAACAACUGAGCGCGACCUGCGACCAGAACAUUUAAUGUACCUAAAGGAAAAAAUUUUUACAAAUAUUGCAGAUCAUGAAAUCAGAGCUGACACAAAAAUACCUUGGACGUUAUUCAAUAAGGAACCCUUAAGGCAACGUAACUUUUCUUUUUGGGACUGGUUUUAUAAUGCUAUGGAUGUUGUGAAGAAAAACUUGAAAGAGCAAUGGAAGGAGGGGUACCUAGAGUUUUUGUCACGCCAAACGGCACUUGAGAGACUACUUAACAUGCCAGCUGGAACAUUUUUAAUCCGCUUCAGCGAUGGAGAACUUGGAGCAGUUACAAUAGCUUAUUGUAGUGAACAAAGAGGUUAUAAAGAAAUUCAAUUCCUACAACCAUGGAGUACAAAGGAUUUCGUUAUUCGAGGCCUAGCUGAUAGAAUAUUCGAUCUGCCGAUUUUGACUUACUUGUAUCCGGAAAUACCCAAAGAACAAGCUUUUGGUCAAUACCGGUCAACUGAUGUGCUACCACUAAAGGGAGAUCCAUCCAGUUACAUUGAAACGAGCUUGAUAGUUGUUGCUGCCAAUAAUGACCCUCAGUCCUCAUUUAAUCAACCAACACCUUCCCCGUGUUCUUAUCCAAGUUCUCCGCUUUCUGUUCAAGACCGGAACGUACCUUCACCUCUCUAUGGGCAUACUGAUAUGCACGCCAUGUCUUAUCCGGUUCAACAAUCAGCCUAUUCAAUGCACAAUGGAUGUGCUAUUGGUUCUCCAUUGCAUAUGGAUUCGAUGCCUUAUGUGCCACAGUCAACAGAAAGCUUUAACUUUUCAUCAUCUGGUGUAAGAUUAUCACACCAUACUCCACAUGCACCUGGACAGGCCAUGGCAAAAUCAGUUGAACAGAACAUUCCUUUAGGAGCACCUUACCAAGAGAUGCUUGAAGAUCUUACGAAUGAUGGAAACGUAAAUAGAACUGGAGAGUUUGACGAUAAUUUUCUUCAAACAAAUCAACAGGGUUAGCAACAAGGAUUCUUUGGUAGUACUGUCGUGUCCGUAGAGGCAUGUGAUUGUUAUCAGGCAUGUGAUUGUUAUCAAACUAUUUUCUCAUUGAGAUAAAAAAAAACACAAUAAUUUGAAAGUUUGUAUACACACUUGUUAUAUAUGUCAAGUUUUUAUCACUAUAUGUUGAACUUUUCUAUCUUCAAUAUAAAUGCUCGUAAAGUUAAAUAUUAUUUGCAUUGAAAAGUAAAUUUCCACGCAAAAAUGAAAUGGAACGGAUCGGAACAGACAAUUGGGAUUUCUGUAAUUUUGUUGGUUGAUGAAUUUUGCCGUUCCGAUCAGAACUGAAAGGUGAAAUCAUUUAACUUUUCUUGCAACAGGAACGGGAAAAAAUAAACAAUCAAAUUUAAGUAAUUUCCUUGUUUUGUUCCGUUUUGUUUUGUUGUUGACUGGAAUUUUAGCAUACCGUACCAUAGUGCAAUAUUUAACAUUACUUUACGUAGAAAUUUUAUAUGAACUAUGAAACUAAUGUGUUUUUAAGUUAAUGGACCUGAUGAAUUAGCAUUAGACUUGGCACCUUAAAAGAUCCAAUCAACAUGCUGUAUCAAUGUGAUGGAAUUAACCCCAAGUUUUUGUAGCUUUUGCUCCUGUGAAUGGAACCAUUUGAUUUUUUAACUACUUUUUAAUUAAAUAGUCCUUUAUGCUAUGCUACGAUUUUUAAAAUCUGUAGCACCUUGUUUAAAAUUUGGUUCAAAGAAUUUUCAUGUGUUCAACUUAAAAUUAAAUUAUAUUUAACUGGUGGCCUACCUAGAUCCUAUUUUAAGGUCAAUGAAGCUGAAAUUAAAAUUCAGGAAAGUGUACUUAUUUUAAAGUUAUCCAGUCUUUCAAUUUAUUUAGUCUUUCAAACUUUGUGUUUUGGCAAGAAUUUUUUUUUUUCUUUGGUGGUCUUAACAGGAACGAAAUAGAUGUACAUGUUACUCUUAUUGUCUUUGUAAAUCUAUACAAUGCUUGUAGGAUUCAUGUGUUUUAAUUCACACUUUUCUUCAUUCUCUAACCUUUUUCAACCAUAGCAAGCAUGAUAUUUUUUCUUCCUUUAAAAGCUGCUCGGUGGUUUUCGAAUUAAAAAUCAAUUUUAUCAAAAUAAAAUUACUCAAGUGUUUGUGUAAAUGUUUCUUUUUCUAAUUUUUCUAUGAUCUUUUCAAUUUUACAUUAUUUUAUAUAUUUUAGAAAUAAUGUGUAUUAAUAGCAAAACCAAAUUAUAUAUUCGCUGUUUUGAUCAACUUUUGUAAAUUUUAACAUUUUUUUGUGACCUCAUUUUUCUCUCAUAUUUGCAUCUUUUAUAACUCUCACCUUUAUACAUUUGCGUUGCCUGAGAAUCACACUUGAAAAUUUGUAUGCAAGCUAUAUUGUGUGCAUACAUACAGCCAUAAGCGCUAUUAGUUAAGUUAUUUUUUGUUAUUAUUGUAACUUAAUAACAAGCUCGUUGCCAGAGUUUAUACAAAAAAUGUUCUUUAUAUUCAGUACGAUCCAUUAUUGUAAGUUAGUGUUUAUUAAAGUUAUCCAUCCUGCUCAGAGAUCACACAGCAA